AAAAAAUAUAUUAAAAAAACAAAUAAAGAGACAACCUAUAUUUAUAAGCGAUAAAAAGAAUAUAGUUAGUUAUAAUUAGAAAUGUACAAUUAAUAUUAAAAUUAAAUUAUAUAUCCCAAUUAAAAUAGUUAGAAUUUUAACAGCUAGUAGCAGUAUCAAUAAGGAGGUUAUUUUUAUAAUAAUAUGAAUUAGAUGUAAGUUUAACCUUCCUUUCUUAAUGAAGAUUUCUUUGGAUUGACUGAUCCAGAUUUUGGAGCUUAAGAUUUAAUAAAUGAAAUAUUAUUUGAUGCAUAUAAUGCAUGUGUUAUAUUUAAAGAUAGGAAACAAUAAAUUGAAAGCUUAAUAAAAUCAUUGUAUGAAAAAUAUGAAUAAUAGAAUAUUAAAAACCAAAAUAAUUUCAAUAGUAUACUAUCUCAAGAUUUAUAAGAAAUUGUAAAUGAUAUAGAGAAAGAUACAAUCAAAAUCAUCAUUGAAAAAAGAAUUAUCAAUACUAAGAUUGUUGAAAAGUUUUAGGAGCUUGCAGAUAGCUUUGAAAGAUCUAACUUAAUUCAAAUAGAUAAAAUAAAAAGUAAAUACUAGGCUUUAGGAUUGCUGAAUAUCAUUCCCGAAGAGUAUGUUGAUUGGAUAAACAUUAUCAAAGAGUCUUAAUAAAAGCUCAACAUUAUUACUGGAUAUUCCAACAUAAUAUAAAAUACUUACAAUAAUAUUUUGGAGUAUGAAUAAAAAAUAAACCCUAAAAGCAUUGCUUAGAAGUUAGAUUAGUUUGAAGAAGACACAAUAAAGUUUAUAUAAAACUAUUCAGAUUGA